AUGUUCGUGUCCCAUGAAUGGCUGAGUGCAGUCCAUCCGGACCCCAAAGGGGAGCAGCUGCGGGUUCUGCAGGAUGCGUUGCGGAACCUUCUGUCUGGAAGCAGCCGGAUCCGGACCUCACCGAUAACGGAGUUCUGUUUCGGCCGGGUGAGAACUCCAACACCUGGAGAGCUGCGCGAAAAAUCGCUGUAUGUGUGGUACGACUAUCUCAGCUGUCCACAAGGCUCAGACGCAGAAGCAGUUUCGGGCCGGCAGAGGGCGAUUGACACGAUUGUUGCCUAUGUUGCACGGUGUCAGUACUUCGUCGUCCUCUGCCCGGCUCUUGCCCACCAUGAUCGUAACCAGAUCAUUGAUACGGAAAGCCUAAACCGACGAGCGUGGUGCCGCGCUGAGAGGCUUGCUCGAGAGCUGGGAGAACGUGGGGAUGGUCAAACCGUGGUGAUCGAGAGUGCCGGGCAUCAGAGCCUUGUGAUUCCCGCGAGGCUGCAUCUGGAUGCCCCCGGUGCAGGGGAGCUCACAUUUGAGCAGGAUCGCCCUCGCAUCAGACGCCUGGUGCUGCAAAUGGUCUGGAAGAAGUUGUUAUAUUUCCUUGAGCGAGGUGAUCUUCAUAGCUAUCGCUUCCUCUUGAACAAGCAAUAUGCAUGUUGCCUUCUGGGCCUGGACGCCAAGUCGCUUGAAGGUUUGAUUCCAGACUUUCGGCCACAGAGUGAUCCAUUCCUGAGCCCAGGAAGCCUUGCCGUAGAGCGGUUUUUGCACGAAAACGGUUUCUGCACAGUCCAAGACCGUGAUACUGCGGGGUGGACGCCGCUGUGCUAUGCUGUCGUAUCCGGCGAUGCAUCCUUGGUGGCAGCCCUGAUAGACAACGGUGCAAACAGCAAUGACUACAUCACCAGAAGCAAGGAGGAGAUAGUGUUUCCGAAGAAAAUGUCCGUGUUGUCCAUAGCCGCCCACUUUCGUAGUAACGAGACAAUCAAGGUGCUCCUGGCUAGAAGAGCUUGCGUGAACGUACGCGACAGCUUCAAGACGACUGCGUUGCACUGGGCUUGUACAUCAGAUAACUGUGAGGCUGUCCGACUCCUCUCUGUCGCAAACGGUGACCUGCAACAGCAGGAUGGCCUAGGUUUUGACACCUUCGUAACAGCCUGUGCCAAUGGUUCUUGCCAAACUCUCACCAAGCUCCUCACUGAGUCGCAUGACAUUAGCCUUCGCAACUGCCUCCACUGGGCGCUGUUGAUCGCUGGUGGGUCGAGGGAUGCUGUCUCUCUUCUCAUAUCAGCUGAUGCAGAUGUGAACGAGACGUUGGAUCUCACAUCAUCGAGGGUCAUGAAGCUGGCCCUGACCGUGUACGGCUUCCGACAUAGGAUCAGCCCUUCGAGACUCACGACGCUGGCUUACCACCACGGCGGAUCCACACCGCUGAUGCUCAGCAUCCUGAACGGUUACUUUGGAGCUACGCUCCUGCUGCUGGAGGCCAGGGCGCAGGUGGACAUGAGGAAUAGCCGAGGGCGGACAGCGCUCCAGUUGGCCCAGGAGGUGCAAGCUCCACCCCCAGUGAUGGAGGCUUUGGAAGCCAAGUCUCAAGCAAGAAGAGACGAGGAUGAAACGGCUUCAACCUUCUCCAUUUGA